CGAAGCGCCGGACUCGGAGGGGCGAGGGAACGCGCGGGGAAGAAGUUCCGAGAAGGCACCGGGCAGCCAUGGAGGAAAGCGGGGUGCCCCGGAGCAUCUGGGAUGGAGACGCCAAAGCCGUCCAGCAGUGCCUGACGGACAUUUUCACCAGCGUGUACACCACCUGCGACAUCCCGGAGAAUGCCAUUUUUGGCCCCUGCGUGCUCAGCCACACCUCGCUCUACGACAGCAUUGCUUUUGUCGCGCUCAAGUCUACUGACAAGAGGACUGUCCCCUAUAUAUUCCGGGUGGACACCUCGGCCGCCAACGGGUCCUCCGAAGGCUUGAUGUGGCUUCGCCUGGUCCAGUCGGCCCGGGACAAAGAGGAGCAGAACCUGGAAGCCUACAUCAAGAACGGACAGUUGUUUUACCGCUCCCUGCGGAGAAUCGGCAAAGACGAGGAGUUACUGGUGUGGUACGGGAAGGAACUGACCGAGCUGCUGCUGCUGAGCCCCGUGAGGUCCCAGAGCAAGAUGAAGGGUUCGUCCCCGCACGCCUGCCUGGAGUGUGGCCAGCGCUUCCAGUUCGAGUUCCCGUACGUGGCGCACCUGCGGUUCCGCUGCCCCAAGAGGCUGCACGGGGCAGACAGCAGCCCAGCCGACGACUCCAGCCCCAAGGAGCACGAGGGCGCCAGCAAGUUCCACGGCAAGCCCGGCGGGGGCCAGCCGCAGAUCCAGCCGCCCGCGCCCCCCCACC